CUCUUCCCGUGGUGGGGUGGGGCCUCGUCCCUCCUGCCGCUCUGAGCGGCUUCCGCGCAGCCCAAUCAGCACUUGCGACGGCGCGGGUUGUAGCCACUGAGAGGCGCCAGGGGGCGGGCCUCCGCCGGCAGCCGGGUAGGUAGCGGUAGUGGCGGUUGCCUGAGAGAGGCCGGGAGCGGCGGCGGCCGCCGAGGGAGGGCGCGAGCCCCGUUUAAAGGGCCAGCUGGCUCGCGCGAAAGUUGUGAGGAGUUUAGCGGUUAUCGGCCGGGUGGUGCCCAGCGGCUGGGCCGGGAGCCCUCUUCCGGACGGCGGGGCCGGGGGGCCAGCAGCGGCAUGGAGCAGGCAGCGCCCAAGAGCAAACUGAAAAAGCUAAGUGAAGAUAGUUUAACUAAGCAGCCUGAAGAAGUCUUUGAUGUUCUGGAGAAACUUGGUGAAGGGUCUUACGGUAGCGUCUUUAAAGCAAUACACAAAGAGUCUGGACAAGUUGUAGCAAUUAAACAGGUCCCCGUGGAGUCAGAUCUCCAAGAGAUAAUUAAAGAAAUCUCUAUAAUGCAACAAUGUGACAGUCCCUAUGUUGUCAAGUACUAUGGCAGCUAUUUUAAGAACACAGAUCUAUGGAUUGUUAUGGAAUAUUGUGGAGCUGGCUCUGUUUCGGACAUAAUUAGACUUCGUAAUAAAACGCUAACAGAAGAUGAAAUUGCAACUAUUCUGAAAUCUACUCUUAAAGGACUUGAAUACUUGCACUUUAUGAGAAAAAUACAUAGAGAUAUAAAGGCUGGAAACAUCCUUCUUAACACCGAGGGACAUGCAAAAUUAGCUGAUUUUGGUGUGGCUGGCCAGUUAACAGAUACAAUGGCAAAACGUAAUACUGUUAUAGGAACUCCAUUUUGGAUGGCUCCUGAAGUAAUACAAGAGAUUGGCUAUAACUGCGUGGCAGACAUCUGGUCCCUUGGUAUCACUUCAAUAGAAAUGGCUGAAGGAAAGCCUCCGUAUGCUGAUAUUCAUCCAAUGAGGGCUAUUUUUAUGAUUCCUACAAAUCCCCCUCCAACCUUCCGGAAGCCAGAGCUCUGGUCUGAUGAAUUCACAGAUUUUGUGAAGAAAUGCUUAGUGAAAAAUCCUGAACAAAGAGCUACAGCAACACAGCUGCUACAGCAUACAUUUAUUAAGAAUGCCAAGCCAGUUUCAAUUUUAAGGGACCUAAUCACUGAAGCUAUGGAGAUAAAGGCCAAGCGACAUGAGGAACAGCAGAGAGAGCUAGAAGAAGAGGAAGAAAAUUCGGAUGAAGAUGAGCUGGACUCUCACACCAUGGUGAAGACUAGUUCAGAAAGUGCUGGUACCAUGAGGGCCACAAGCACGAUGAGUGAAGGCGCUCAGACAAUGAUUGAACAUAACAGUACUAUGUUAGAAUCAGACUUGGGGACCAUGGUAAUAAAUAGCGAUGAUGAUGAAGAGGAAGAUGGGACCAUGAAAAGAAAUGCUACUUCACCGCAAGUUCAAAGACCUUCUUUCAUGGACUACUUUGAUAAACAAGAUUCCAAGAAUAAAAGCCCUGAAAACUGUAAUCAGAACAUGCAUGAACCUUACCACAUAUCCAAAAACGUUUUCCCUGAUAACUGGAAAGUCCCUCAAGAUGGAGACUUUGAUUUCUUAAAGAAUCUGAGUUUAGAAGAAUUACAGAUGCGAUUAAAGGCUUUGGACCCUAUGAUGGAACGAGAAAUUGAAGAGCUUCGUCAGAGGUACACUGCAAAGAGGCAACCUAUCCUAGACGCGAUGGAUGCAAAAAAACGGAGGCAACAAAAUUUCUGAGUGUGUUUUACUUUCAGAGAUAAUACUAUGAGUCAGUGUGGACACUGGUAACUUUGUAAGUCUGAAGGAAUUCAAUUAUGAGAGUUUUCAAAAACCCAAUAUUUGAAUUUUCCUUCACAAGCAAUGACAAUUGGAGUAGUGCAAGAACAUACAUAUGGUGUUCUGCAAAGGCAACGAAACACAUUACCACUUGUUUAUAUUUUCAAAUGUUUAAUGUAAUAGAAGUUUAAUCUCUUACUUCCCAAUCUUUUUCAGGUGUAUAGUGGUAACUUGGUGUUGUACAUUAGGACUUGUGUUUUGGAGCACCUGGAACGAUUUCUUGAUUGUGCAGCACUACAGAGCCUUAUGUCGCAAUAUAUUUUCCUCCCACUUAGUAGCAUAUUUAUUAUGUAAUCUCUGGUUAUCCUAUUUAUUUUAUGCCAGUUUUCUUUUUUAUUAGGAAGUAUUAGGAUAAUAUAGUGGAGAGCAGAGCCAGAUUAGAUAAAGUUGGUAUUGUAGUAUAAUGAAAAGAAGCUCACCACUGUAUUAUGUUUUAAAACUCCAAUUUCAGCAAGCGUCCCAAUUCAGGACAGCACUUGAACAUGUUUCCAGCACAUCCAUAUCAGUAGGAUUUAAGCAUAAAAUAAGUAAUAGGCACAUGUUUUUCUGCUCUCCUGAAUCAGAGACUGUGGCUGUAGUUGAGCAAUACAGUUGUUACACUACAGAGCAUUCUUUUAGAGAGUAUUUCUGUCAUUUUUACGCACACUGAAUGGUCUCAUUAAACAAGAAGACAAGUGCCUAAUCAGUUUUGAUUUUUCUGUUAUUCAGGAGAAGCAAUACUUGCAGCCACUCCUUCAGUGUAAAUUUCCAAUUGCUAUUGCAAUUCUGACCAGUAUAAACCUCUAUUUUGCACCGUAGUUUUAUAAUGAAGUAACAGCUACACUUUCUUGGAUAUGUCUUUUGGUUCAUUUAGGUUUUUUAUCACUGUUUUGAGGGGAGAGGGGAGUUAUUAGCGGUUUGGGUUUGGUUUGGUUUCACAUUAUAGAUACAAAGGGAUAGUAAUUUAAAAGCCAAAGAAAAUAAAUUGAAUACUUAUAUAUAAGUACUGAAAAGCAGCAACAUUUUGCAGCCCUCUGAGGGUUUUGUCCUGCAAUCACUAAACAUUCAAAAUUCCUGCAGUCUUCUGUGGUAGAUUUGGGGGAAUCAGAAAUGCAGGACCAAGCUGUUAAUAUCUUUUUACAAGUUCUUCUGUCUGGUUUAUAUUGUGGGAUAUCUAGUAGGUAGAAUUUACAACAUUGCAAGAAAUAUUUCAGACUUAGCAGAAAAUGUGAUCCACUUUCUAAACAAUCUACUGUGUUCUCUAUUGAUAUCUUUACUAUCGUUGCCUUUUGUGUAAAUAACUUUACUGUGAUAGUCAUACUUCUUUAAACAAUACAGCUGAAAAGAUCUUUACAUUCAACCUUCAGCUGUUAAACUUUUAAUGGUGACUACUGUAUGGGCAUCUUCUGUUAAAUGUUUUGUCGAAGUUAGUAAUCAUCUCAUACCUCUUAACAUUUACCGUCAUCAUACGUGGACCAUUUAGAUGGAACAGUGCAGAUUUUGGAAAUGGUGCAUUAUAACAUAAAGCUUAUGCAAAAGAAAAACAAAAGUUUUUAUAGGAUCAGCAUACUACAGCCGUGCUGGGACCAGUACUUGGGUUUGAGCUGUAUACAGCCAUUGUUGUCAUUGUCAUUCUGUGUGUGUGUUUGCGUGCAUGCCACACUCUAACAUGUAAACCCUAGAGUCAAAUAAAUUUUAAUUGUGAUUGUUAGAACAUCCUUACCCUCAACUCUCUAUUUCUUAAAGUAAUGACCAUCCCUUAUGAAAAACCAACACCACAGAAGAUCCAUAAAAAUUACUUUAGGCAAGAUAAAAUGCACCUGGUAGUCUUAUGCCUCAUAUUUAUGCAAUGAAAUGAUGUAAAGGAAAAAAUGGUGUAACCAUAUCACUGUGUCAUUAGAUUAUAAUCAGAAUGAAGCAAAAAAUAACAGCACCAACCUGCCCCUGUUAGUAUGGUUCUUAUUUAUUUAAAAUGAAUUUCUAAUUCUUGAACUUUCUGUUCUCAAAAACUCAAAGGUGUGUGUGUGUACAUAUAUUUGUGUAGGUAUACACACACAUAUAUGUAUGCAUAUCUAUAUAUAAGAAAAAAUAUAAAACAGAUUUAAACCAUCAGGAGAGGAACCUAGCUUGCCUUUUCUUGGUGUGCCUUUUAAGCAAAGUGUCACUAUCCAGACACUCUUGCUUGCAUCAUUAGCAGCUUGCUUUUCCCUUACUCUCUUAAAUUUUUCCCACCAAAAAUAAGACCUUGAUUUUGAAUAAUGUGGCUUUACAGUGUAAUAGACAAUGUAAUAAAAAGAUCACAAUUUUCAUAUUUUGUGUAUUCUGAAAACUUUAGUAAUGCAGUGUACUAAAUUCAAAUUGCCUGUCCAGAGGGACUCCAGUAAAAGGCCUUUUUAGACUAGAGCUGUUGCAGACUGACAUCUGAAAGGUAUCAGAAGAUAAAGGACAUCCUUUCUUCACUCCUGAUCUGUCUGUUUAGAAAAAACGCAAAUAAAUUUGUGCACAUGCAUACACACAGGUAUGAUUAUACAUGCAAGAGAAAAAUCUGAAAGCCAUGGAAUAAAAUAAAAAUGUAAAGAAGCUACUUAAAAUGGGUGGGAAAUAGCUUCUGAAAUGCUGUAAACUGGGUAGAUAUAGGAUGUCUGUGACCAAAGAAUACUUGCACCAAUUAAUAUGAAAUUAGUAAUGUUGCCCUUCUGAUAUGGUGCACGCUGCAGUCAGUGUAAGAGCUGUCUUUGGCUUCAGAAGCCAGUGUAUUGGGCUCUAAAUUAUGUGCAAGCGUGACAUAUAGAAAUAGGUUUUAUAUUGAGAGAUGGAUACAACUCAAUUUUUCUGUCUUCUGUUUAUAUAAAUGAAUCAAAUCAUCCAUGUUGAUGACUACACAUCUCUACUGGAGGAUGAGCAUCUCUGUAAAGGAAAGCUGAUAGUACAAUAAAUAAGACAUUUUAAAAGCAAGCCUUGCAGGAAAUCUGAUAGAACUACUGACAAGUUAACCUUCAGUAAGAUUUUAACAAAGCAAUUUCUUGUUUGCUUCUGACUUUGUAUGUUUAGGUUUAGUAAGUAAAAAAAAUUUUGAAAAGUCAUUACUUAUUACUAAACAUUUUUAAUAAAAGCUAAUUUUUCAUGUAUAAUUGUCGUCUUGUUCAUUCUAACUGAAGCUAAAUUAUGUUAAUAGUAACCAUUAAUGUUCAUUUCCAUAGUCAUCUCUCAUGGUUUUAUUUUCUUUCUAUAAUACUGUGAGCCCAGCUGUGAGUGCAGAAAACCACAUCUCUCAAAGUCAGCUCUGGAAAGGAUUUUCCCAGCUCAAGACAUUGCUGCAAGCUCUAGAAGUCUGAGGAUCUCAACAGAAGAGUAUCAGGCCAGUCUAAGGACAGAAAUCCUCAGUACUUUGUGCAAGCCCCUCUCUCUGCAGUCUAAGGUUGCUAAAGGCCUAAUCCCGAGAGAGCUGAGCACCACCCCAAUACAUUGGAAGUCUUCAUAGACAUCGUUUACUUGGAGGUGCUAGUGGACAUUAGCAGCUUUAGGUGUUCCUUUGAUUUUCUAGUGUAAUGAGAAGAACAAUAGGUAAUGGAUAGGCUUAACUAGAAACAGUGAAUACAUUUAGUGUCUCAGAUUUGAUUCCAUAGCCCAUUUCUUUUCUGAUUUUUAAAAAAUUAUUCUCUUAAGAAUUUGCCCACAAAGAGACUUUAGUAAAAGGGACUCAUGAACAAAACUCCUUAGUGAACCACAGUAUGUUUGAAGUGACAAGAUUCUACUGCUUGUCUGAAUUAAUCUGACAAUUAUUGGAUGUUAUAAUUAUUUACUCUUUAUUUACAGUAAAUAAUAGCUUGCCUGUAUUUGCCUAGGUAUAUUCAGGUGAGAGUGCACAGUGGCUCAGGCUGCUUCUCUGUCCAGUGUGUUGAACUUCCAAAUACAAAUACGGCUCAUGAUGAGUGAGUCUGUGCACAAGUACAUGAGAUAGCCUUAGUCACCGUUAAUAGGCACUGGUGCUUCCAAGCAGAAUGUAUACUGUACAACUUCUGUAAAGCACUUUGUGUGCACACUGUUUUAUCAAUGUGAUACGAUGAGGGUUACAUUUUCUUUUCAAGUGUAUACGUGGCUAUAAAACUAAUUAAAAAGACCUUAUGAUGUGA